CCGGCGCCACAGCUGCAGAGAACCAGGAGGGAAGAAAGUUGCCACACUCCUUACAGCCACAUCAUGGAUUACGGCAAGUCGAUGGGAGCUCCUUCCACCAACCAGGCGUCCGCUCCUCCAGUUUACCAGGGCAACUUCGCCCAUCCUCCCCCGUACUCAGCACAGCCUCAGGGUUACGGAUUUUCACAGCAGUAUGUCCCGAGUGUUGACCAGCAGCUGAAUCAGCAGCACGUCCAGCAGCAUGUAAGCCUGGAGUCAGCACUGCAAGGAAGCCCCGUCAACGACUACUUCGGGUACUCCAUCUUCACAAUGGUCUGCUGCUUCUUCCCGCUGGGGGUAUUUGCUCUCACCAACUCCUUAGCAACUCGUGACGCCAUUGCCAGAGGUGACAGGCAGAUGGCAGAGUGGAGCAGCAGACGGGCCCUCAUCAUGAACCACUCAGCUCUGGGAAUUGGGAUUGGAAUGUUUUCCCUCUCAAUAACUAUGAUUGUUAUCCUGUUUGUCAUAUAAUAAACUCUUUCCUCAUGCUUUUCUCUGUCUGCAUCAGGCAGACUUUAGGAAGUCAUCUGGCCAUUCAAAUCUGACUGGAAGCUAAAAGUCAUCCAAUGAAACAUUUAUCACUUUAAUGUGUUUCAGCAUUUCUAUCUUCAGCCUCCAAAGUCAGUCACAAUCAGUCAUGUAUCAUUAUUAUUUCAGCCAUCAUGGCAUUUCCGAAAAAACGUUUGGUGGCUUUAAUGACUGCUGCUCGUCUUCUCACCAGUGACGUCAGUAAUGAGGUCGAACCACUUUUUUCAGUAACGAGUAAUCAAAUGCAUUGUAUUUCAAAUCCAGUAGUCAGACUACAGUUACUUAUCUAAAUCACUCUAUAAUCUUUUGUAGUUUUAUUUUAUUUCCUCUGGGCGUCUUGGGGAAUGACCAUCGUUUCUAUGCGAUAGUAUCAACAGGGACGGAAACGUUAACAUUGGUGGGAAGAAGGUGAUGCACAUUUUGUUGCUGGAAAAAUAGAAACAAUUUUUAGUUGGUGUUGCCAAGGCCAAUCAUUAUAGGCUUGUUUUUUUGCUAAAGUUGUUUGCAGAUUGAAUGAGUCGGUUUUUGGGCUCGGAAAUAAGCAGACAUGAUGUCCAGAAUCUAUCUGACACCCAGUUAGUUUUAGUCAGACUCUGAUUGUGCAUCAUUUCCCGGAUGAGCCGUCCCGCUGUGUCUUUGUCAAUGUCAGGUUAAUGUGUUACCUCUGAAUGACGUGGAGCUUCGCGUUACGAUAAAACAAACUGCAAACAUAGAGACUCGUAUAAACAGCCACGAAUGAACAUGUCCGUAAAGUUGUGCAACUCAACGCCAUUACGAUUAUCAAUAUCAAUAUUAAGAUAGGUGUCACAGAUCUGUGCAGCCAGGAGUUGCGGAGCAGCAGCAGGAGGGCUGUGACACCAAACGCAGAACCUGCAGGCUGGGCCACAAGGGUGUCAAAUCCUAUUUAUAGUUUUCCAGACAAUACUGGAACACACAAAACACAAAUUACUAAAGAUUUUUUUGUACUGUUGUAACCAUUAAACAAUCUCCCCUUCAGUUCAACCAUAUAAGUGGAGACACACUGUUGACGUAAUCAUUUUAAAAUAGCUUACAGUUAAGUAUUGGCAAAGAACAAUGUGAUUUUCACAGGCGGCGGAGCGUCGUUGUUGUUAGCAGCUGCUUUUAGUAAUUAAAAAACAAGAAAAAGAAGAAAUACCUUUGCUAAUUUAUAAAUCAAAAUCCAGAACCGAACAUGGAGAGGCAGCAUUCAGCUUCUAUGCACCACAAAUCUAGAACAAACCUCCAGUGAACUGAAAAGAUGCUGUAACACUGAGAUCCUUUAAAUCAAGACUAAAAUCCCACAGGUUUAGAGUCGCCUUUGAUAAAUAACUGGAACGCUGAUCAACAUAGUUGAUGCAUAUUGGACUAUGAUUAUUCUUGAUUUAUAUGGUGGCAUUUGAGAAAGUGCAAUGUUUAUUACUUGUUUCCUAAUUGGUUGAUGUGUUUUAUGGUGUAAAGCACUCAAGUGCUUUGUUGCUGAAAUGGGUCAUAGUAGUAAAUUAGAGUUGACUUUACUUUAAUUGAGCAUAAUUAUACUUGAUUAAAGUAAACAUGACUCUCCAUAAAAUGCGUAUCUUUUCAAUGACAUGAUAGGAUCUGUUUAGUUCUGUGUAAAUACUGAUUAUCAUUGAUCUUAAUGUUUAUCUAAAGUUAAUGAACAUGUUUUAUAUUUUUAUGAGUGUUAAUUUGUCCUUGUUCGUAAAUUAUUAAAUGUUUAUGAUGUCUGGAAGGAA